CCACAAUUCUCAAUUUCUCUCCCCAUCGACAACUUUCGCCCACAGUCGCCGACCACCCCAUCCAUCAAAAUGUCCUCCGCAAACACCGGCAAGAAGACCCGCUCGGCUAUCUCCGACGUGGUGUCUCGCGAGUACACCAUCAACCUCCACAAGCGGUGCCACGGUGUCAGCUUCAAGAAGCGUGCUCCCCGUGCUAUCAAGGAGAUCCGCGCUUUCGCCGAGAAGGCCAUGGGCACCAAGGAUGUCCGUGUCGACCCCGCCCUGAACAAGAAGGUCUGGGAGGCUGGCAUCAAGGGCGUUCCCUUCCGUCUCCGCAUCCGCAUCUCCCGCAAGCGUAACGACGAGGAGGGUGCCAAGGAGCGUCUGUACUCCCAUGUUCAGGCCGUCAACGUCAAGAGCGCCAAGGGUCUGCACACCGCUGUCGUCGAUGACGCGUAAAUGGGUUGUUUGAUACCACCGGUGUUGUCGCUUCUAUGAUUCCAUGUUACAUCUGGGGUUUGGUCGGGGCUCUUUUAAAAUAAAAAUACCUUCUUGCACCAUGGUUUUCAAAA